AUGGAGGCAGGCGGCGGGGCCGGCGCGGGAGCCGCGGGCUGGAGCUGCCCCAGCCCCAGCCCAGGGCCCACAGUAACCACAUUAGGCUCUUAUGAGGUAUCUGAGGGUUGUGAGAGGAAGAAAGGCCAACGCUGGGGGUCCCUGGAACGCCGUGGGAUGCAAGCUAUGGAGGGGGAGGUGUUACUUCCAGCUCUAUAUGAGGAGGAGGAGGAAGAGGAAGAGGUCGAAGAAGAACAUGAUCAAGUACAGAAAGGAGGCAGUUUGGGCUCUCUGUCACUGGGCAAGCAUCGGGGCCUGAGCCUCACAGAGACAGAGCUGGAUGAGCUGAGGGCUCAGGUGCUCCAGCUGGUGGCAGAGCUGGAGGAGACCCGUGAGCUUGCUGGGCAGCAUGAGGAUGAUUCCCUGGAGCUUCAAGGCCUCCUGGAGGAUGAGCGGCUGGCCAGUGCCCAGCAAGCAGAAGUGUUCACCAAGCAGAUCCAGCAGCUCCAAGGUGAGCUGCAACAUCUACGGGAGGAGAUUUCCCUGUUAGAGCAUGAGAAAGAAAGUGAACUUAAAGAAAUAGAACAGGAGUUGCAUUUGGCCCAGGCGGAGAUCCAGAAUCUACGGCAAGCUGCAUCAGAUUCUGCAACUGAACAUGAGAGUGACAUCGCAUCCUUGCAGGAAGAUAUCUGCCGCCUGCAGAAUGAACUCGAUGACAUGGAACGCAUUCGAGGGGAUUAUGAGAUGGAAAUUGCCUCUCUCCGUGCAGAGAUGGAGUUGAAGACGACUCAAGCAUCUGAUAUAAGUGUUUCGAACUUCUCUGGGAUACAAGAAGAACUACACCAGCUUCGGGAGCGCUACCACUUCCUGAACGAGGAGUACCAGGCCUUGCGGGAGAGCAACAGCAGCCUCACAGGGCAGCUUGCUGAGCUGGAGAGUGAUAGGACAAGAAGAGCAACAGAGCGAUGGCUGGAAUCCCAGGUGCUGAGGAAUGUGAUGUCAACUGAGUCUCAGACCUCAGAACUGGACUUCCCAGAGCCUGACCCUGUGACGCAGCUUCUGCGCCAGCAGCUGCUGGGAGCUGAGGAACAGGUGCAGGACAUGCAGAAGAAGUAUAAGAACUUGUGUUGUGAAUUGGAAGAGCAACGGCAUCAUCGCUGGACCAGCGAGGAGGAGCAGAAGCGGCUGGAGAGGGAGCUCAAGUGUGCCCAGAGUGAGAUGCUCCGGUUUCAGACCUCCCACGAUGUCACCCAGAAUGAGGAGCUGAAGAGCAGGCUCUGUGCCCUGCAGCAAAAGUAUUAUGAUAGCCAGGAUAAGCAGAACGAGCUCCUGAAUGUGCAGUUGCAGCUUGAGUCUGAGCUCCGGCAGCUCAAGAUCAUCAGAGCCACACCCGUAGAGAGCCAAAGCGAGAAGGAGUUAAUGUGCCAGCUCCAGAAGCUGCAAGCCCAGCACCAUAGCAGUGUGUGUGAGAAGGAAAAGCUGCUGGAAGCGCAGUGUCACCUGCAGGACAAGCUGCGGGGCCACGAGACGGAGCUGCAGUAUCUCCGAAACAUGGUGGAUUGCUUGCAGGAGAAAAAUGAUAAGAACACAGGGAUACACGUGCAGCUGCAGGAGAUGAAGGGGCUGUACCAGGCCAGCCAGGAGGAGCUGGAGCAGCAGAAACACAUGUAUGACCAGCUGGAGCAGGACCUCCUGCUGGCACAGCAGGAGCUGACAGACCUCAAGACCAGCAAGACCGCCUGUGAAGACAAGGGAGACCAGUGUGAUGCACUGCUGUCCAGACUGACAGAAUUGCAGGACAAGUUCAAAGCCAGCCAGCAGGAGAUGGGGCACCUGCAGAUGGAGCAGUGUGAACUCUUGGAGGAUCAGAGGAGACUGCAGGAGGAGCAGGGCCAGCUUCAGGAAGAGCUGCACAGGCUCAUAUUCCCACAGCCCAAAUGUGGCCUCUUGCAGAAGAGUCAGGAGCUGCUUUCAAAGUUGCAAGACCUGUGUGAAAUGCAGCUGCUUUACCAAAACAUGCAGGACGAGCAGAGAAAACUGGUACAAAACCAGGAAAGCGUAUUAAAGGAGCAGUUAGAGGCGCACAGAGAACUCCGGGAUUUCAAAGAGACUAACUUCCAGGGAGUUUUGGCAAACCCUCACGAUGCCAAAGGGCCUAGGUCCUCCAACUGUGAGAACAAGUCCAAGGUGCUUAUGAACCAGCUGCAGGCCCUGCAGGUGCUGUACCACACCAGUCAGAGGCAACAGGAGCUCCUGCAGCAGGAGCACGGGCGGCUCCUGGAGGAGCGUAAGAGGCUGCAGGCUGAGCUCCAGCUCUGCAUGGAGGAAAUGCAGCUGUUGCAAACCCAGUCCCCCACCAUAAAGAAGAGCCUUGAGUCCUACAGGAAGAGCUCAGGCAGCACAGCCCCCAGCAAUGAAAGCUUCAACAGGAGCUACGGCAGCACCGUGGAGGAAAAUGAAGGCUAUGAGAAGAGUUACAUAAGCUCCCAGGCCAGCAACGAGAGCUUCCUCAAGAGCUAUGACAGCAGCACCAGCACCAACGAAGCCUAUCAGAAGAGCUACCGCUCCAGCAGCACAAGUGUCACCUGUAAGAAGAGCUACAGCAGUUCUGCUAGUUCUGAAACCCUUUACAAGAGUUACAUCAGCAGUGGUCCUGAUGAGGACCCAGCCGAGCCUGAAGACCUGGAGCACUUUGAGGAAACAGUGGCCAAGGUGCUGACCAAGUUGCAGGCAAUGAAGGCCCUGUACCAGGUGAGCCAGGAGGCCCACGGCCAGCUGCAGGAGCAGAUGAGCAGGCUGCUGGCCAAGCAGAAGGAGCUGAAGGCCGAGCUGGAGUGCUGUGAGAGGGACUUGAAGGAGUGCAUGGAAAGCCUUGAGAAGCCUGCCGUGCCCCAGAGUGACAAGAGUGAGAUCAAAGAGCUGCAGACUAAGCUGCGGGAGCUGCAGCUGCAAUACCAGGCUAGCAUGGAUGAGCAGGGGCGGCUUCUGGCAGUGCAGGAGCAGCUGGAGGGGCAGCUGCAGUGCUGCCAGGAAGAACUCCGCCAACUCAAGGAAAACAGGCCCUCCAUUAGCUCAGAAGCCAGGGGGAAGAAUUGCAAUAAGAAUAUGAACAAGAAUGCCAAUGGAGUUAAAAAUAAGAAGGUGAGCAAGGCAUGCUCAGAGACAUCAGAGAGCAGCUUUGAGAAAGAGAAGAGUCUGGAGGUGGUGCUGUACUACAAGGCCAGCCAGAGGAAAUUAGAUGAGCUAAUGAAAGAGGAAACAGAGAUGGAAGAGUCCAAAAUGAAUGAAAAACAAGCCAAGAAAGAACCGUGUGAGCUGGCUGCUAAGCCAGCAGGUCCUAGGGAAGAGUCAACAGAAGAGGAGGAGGGAGACUACGAAGAGUGCAAAGAAAGGGAGGACAAGGAAGACAAUGAAGAAGAAGAUGAGGAGGAGGAGGAGUGCUCUGAGACUGCCGAGAAGGGCAAAGCCCUUGAGCUUUCUGAGAGCAAAAAGAACAUGUUUGGGAUGUGGAAGCCUGUGGUAUUCUUGGCUAUUGCAGCAGUAGCUCUGUAUGUGUUACCCAACAUGAGACCGCAGGAUACAGAAUACUGCUACAUGGAGUGAUGGCAGACCUGGGCCAGCACAGAGGGCAAAUUCCCAGAGGCCACCACCCUCACCUUUGGGCAGAACACACUGUGCCAGAGCCCCCACCCCACCCAUGUGUCCCUGUCUCCUUUGCCUGAGCCACUCAGACUGGAAAGCAUUAUAGGAGUUGCUGGCUCUCAACCGCCUGCCUUGUGUAAGAACCUGGGUUACUUGUAAUUAAAUGUCAACCUAAUUACACGAGAUGCUGUGUGGCUUUUUCU